CCAAUGGGGAAGCGGUGGCGCGGCGACAUCGCUGCUCUUCACUUUGCCGAGAAGUUGGUGCAGGGAUGGGGAUCGGGCCGUGAGCGGCCUUUCGCAGUCGCCGGCAGCUCCCUCCUCGCGUCAUGCUUAUCACUCUCUGCUACUUAUACCUGUGGGCGCGCUGGGGGCCUUAUUCCGCUGGGCUCAUACGGCGCACAGUGCGCCGGCUGUACCGAACCAGGUGUUCGUUUACGUUCUGCUCUUCCUCUGGCUGCGGCGGCUCCUCCUCCUCCUCCUCCUCCUCCAGCUUCGGGUGUACUCGCUUCACCUUGCAUCAGCAGAUCCCCCACCUUCCGCUUUGCAAACAGGAGGCGGCCGGCCUCUCCGACGAGAUCAUUUGCCUCAGGGUGGGCGACAAGGUUUUCUUCACUGGCGAGACUCAGUCCCUUGAUGAUUUAAACAAAUGGACAUUAUUUAUUGUAUCACAUUUUAGUUAUUUGGAACAAGUAGUUGAAGAUGAACAUAUUACAUUUGUAACUGAAGGUAUUUUCAUUCAAACAAGUAGUUCACAAGCUGUAAGUUGCUCAGCAAAAAAGAUUGUGAAAUGGUCAGAUUUUUGUUCUCCUUUGGCCUUUAAAACUGGAAAGCCUUACAUAUUAUUUGCUGAAGCCAGCAUAGAUAAUUUUAGUAGCCUUGGGAUAGCAUUCUUAGAAGACAGACUCCAAAUGGAUAAUGGAAUGGUUCCUCAAAAAAUUGUCUCUGUAAACCUGAAGAAAUCGGCCUUGAAAGAAUUAAAACUGGCUCCAGGUACCAAAGAGGAAGAAAAGACGGGUCAGAUACAGACUAGUGAACUGUCACAAGACUCACUUUUUGAAAAUAUUGAUAAAUCUCAUGUGGAAACUGCUGAUUGUGCAGGAAGUGGUGAUCAAGAAAUGCACCAAGAGAAAUGCAGACUGCAGAAAACAAAUGGAUAUCAUGAGGAACUUGAGCAAUUAUCUGAAAAGGAAGGAGAUGCUUCAGAACAUCAUCACCUACAUCUUUCAAGCUGCCAUGAAUGUUUGGAACUGGAGAACAGUACAAUCGAGUCAGUUAAAUUUGCCUCAGCAGAAAACAUCCCAGAUCUUCCGGAUGAUUAUAAUGGCAGUGUAGAAGAAGUUAGUGGAAACUGUAUAACAGGAAAUAUGCAAAGAGAAAAUUUGACUGGAAAGCCUCCUAAUAUUUUAAUUUAUCUUGGUUCUGAUUCUAAAAAAGUGAAAUUUGAAGAAAUAAAAUCAGUCAUAAUGGAUUGUGUUGAUAUUAAUGCUUACACCAUCUACCAGUUGUUAGAGAAACAAGUUCUGACUGUUCCUUGGAUUGACAAUGCAUUGCUUCUGAUCAUUGCUGAAUCAGAACCCAUUUCAGGUGCUGUGUCUAAACAGUUUCUAGCUUUCAUGUCAAAAGGUGGGAAGAUUUUGGGGCUUUCUUCCACUUUCACAUUUGGUGGUGUAAAAAUAAAGAGUAAGAAUGAAAUAAUGGACAAGAUACAAACAUUAGUUUUUUCAAAAGAUAAGAACAAUGAGAUAAAAUUAAAUGCUCUAGCUAGUGGAAAAAAUUUUGAGGUGGACAUUUCAGAAAAACUUAAUCCCAUGAAGACACUUGGUUAUUUUGACAAUCCGGAUAAAGAUAUGAUGAUUGUUCAUUUAUCAUAUGGAAGUAAUGGAGGAGAAGCAAUUCUUUCUCAGGCACAUUUGGAAGUGAAUAUCAGAAGUUUAUGUCGACCUAAAAAUGACUUCGAUCUGCUCAAAAUAAGCAACAUCAGAAGAUAUGAUGUACUUGUUGAAAUCCUGAAGCUACUGGGGUUGAGCUGUGAAUUAAGUACUAUUCCUUCUUUAACGCCUCUUUAUCUACUCUCAUCUGAUAAGGUUCUCCACAAUACUUUUUUGGAAUGGCUCAGAAGAAAUAUGAUCACAGAAGGAUUAAUCACAUCGAGCAAGGUGUCUCUUAAGUUUGUAUCAUCUUGCACUGAAAAUAUGGAAAUAACACCUUUGCUCAUUCCAGUAGUUACUGAUACGGAAGCAUUCUCAUCUGAAAAUUUUAGUUUUGAAAGAUAUAAGCAAAACCUUGAUACUAGAAUCUUGGGCAAAAUAGUCUUGUUUUCUGAAGUUACAUCAACUACAAUGAAUCUUCUUGAUGGAUUGAUGUACAAAUUGCCACAGGAAAUGGGUCUUAUAGCAAUUGCAGUUCAACAAAUUCAGGGAAAGGGACGAGGUGGAAAUACCUGGUUGAGUCCUGUGGGAACUGCUCUAUCAACUUUGCUUGUUAUCAUUCCUUUGUCUUCAAAAUUGGGCCAAAGGAUUCCAUUUAUUCAACAUUUGGUGUCUCUAGCAAUUGUGGAAGCUGUUAGAUCCAUACCUGGAUAUCAGGAAAUAGAUCUUCGAUUGAAAUGGCCAAAUGAUAUAUACUACAGUGACCUUAUAAAACUUGGUGGUGUUUUAGUAAAUUCCACAUUAACAGGAGAUACGUUCCAUAUACUUAUUGGAUUUGGAUUUAAUGUUAAUAAUAGCAACCCAACUGUAUGCAUCAAUGAUCUCAUUAUGGAGCACAAUAAGACAAUGAAUACAACAUUGGAGCCCUUAAAUGCCGACUGCCUGAUUGCAAGAAGUGUGACCAUACUGGAGAAUCUGAUCAACAUCUUUCAGGAGAAGGGACCAAAUGGAAUUCUUCCCAUGUACUAUAAAUACUGGGUGCAUAGUGGUAAGCAAGUCCGACUCAGAAAUGAUGAAGGACCAUUGGUAUGGAUUGUUGGGAUAGAUGAUUCUGGAUUCCUUCAGGUUUAUGAGGAAGGCAAAGAUGUUAUCACCGUGCAUCCAGAUGGCAAUUCUUUCGAUAUGCUAAGAAAUCUUAUAAUUCCUAAACAAUAGUUUUUCAGUAUGAUAAAACAAUCACUCACUUAGACUAUUUUGUAUUCAGUGCUUAUUAUGAGUGCUUAGCUAGAGGCAGUAUCAACAUUUUUCUUCUUUUUAAAGCAGGAAAAUAAUAGUACUGUAUGUAUCAAGAAAAGAAACAAUUUUGCAUAACUAUUUUUUGUUAGGUUCUCUUCUUCG